AUUAAAAAAGUCAUCUUUUAUUGUAAAAUUACCUUCCCCAGUCUAAUUUUGACUGUAACUUCUCUUCAAACCUCGUUUCUCUCUUAAAUCGCGUGUGGUUCUUUGACUUACCUGAUUCUCGACCCCUCUCACAUCCUGACUCUGAUUGUAACCUCUUCACCAUCGAUUUUCUAUUCCUCAUCUCACCUCUCAUUCGAUUCUCUUUCUUUAAAUCGUUCGAGGUUCUUCUCAUUCUCAGCUCUCCAUCGCUUCUCCUACCCCUCCGCCUGCCUAUCGCCCGCCUCCUGGUAAAAUAUUGCGGACACCGGAACUGGGCUGACCUUACAGUAUGCCCAAGGCCUCUACUCGCUUUCGGAACCGGAAGAUCAAUUUCAAAACUCGGAUCACAAUCCGGACUGGAUGUCUUGACGUACCUUCCGAUCAUGAGGAUGAAGAGUUUGGAUUCGAGGAGGACCGACGGGCGUCGAUGGGCGGUACUGCCGGUGAACGCAUUGGACAACUCGAAACUGGGGUUGACAAGGAGGAAGAAUCCGAACAUCAUCUACAAAAAGUCAUCAAUGCCUCGACUGCCGCUUUACUCCGUUCUGCCGUCAAUGAAAGUCUGCCGGCUAGCUCAGCAACUUUGGCUGAAGUUGUUCAAGUGGCGGCCCAGAAUUCGUCGGCGACCUCUCGUCAACCUGCCGUUCCUCAUAUCCCCAUUCCAGAUGCAACAGGUCUCGUCGAGCCUGCAGCUUAUGAGGCUUUAUAUGCCCACUCAAAACUCUUUCUUCCGAGCUCUUACAUUCGGUUCAGCGAUACAGUUGAAGAUACACUGGAUAAUGUCAAUUACACCAUGGACGAUGAAGACGAAGUUUGGCUGAAAGAUUAUAAUUCCAACUAUGCUCGAUCUCAAGACCUGCUCAAAUCAUCUUCUGGAAUGCCUGGGGAAGAGGGGAAGAACAAGCGACCCAGUGCAAGGAAGGGGAAGGAGAAAGAACGUGUCGAGCUCGAAUUCGAUGGACCUGGUCCGUUAUCAGCAGAUGAUUUUGAGAGACUCAUGGACCAUUUCGAGAAAACCACCGAGGAAACCGUUCCAGGCUUGCAUCUGGAUACCAAUCGGUUGCCCUCACUAGCUGACUUUGAACACACUUUUGAGGGUACUGUGAUUAACCCCAGACUCUCGAGCGUCAAGAUUUUCGCCAAAUUCGUUUAUUCUCAUUGGAAAGAACGAAGGCUGAAGCGCGGCGGCAAACCCAUUAUGCCUGCAAUUGACUUUGAUGAAUCCAAUGAAAACAAUCCAUAUGUCUGUUUCCGUCGAAGGGAAAUCAAAACUGUUCGCAAGACACGGCGUACGGAUGCACAAAAUAUGGACCGACUGAUACGCCUCAGAGACGACUUACAUAAGGCCCAAGAGCUACUGAAUACCGUCCUUUCGCGUGAACGUGUCAAGAGGGAAGUAGUCGAGCUGGAAAAGGCCAUUUUCGAGGGCAGAUGUAUGGUUAGGGAGAUGAAACGUACGUUGCGUGAGCCCACUGGCGAUGAAAAUCUGCUGGUCGAUAAAAAAGAGAAGAAGCGUAAGCGUGAGGGAUCUGGUUUUGGUUCUAUCCAACUAAGUACUGAUCGCGCCCAGCACAGCAUUGUCAAAAGCCCGCUCCGGAAAGCGGGUGUCCUCUCUGCCAACUCCGCCGGAGCCGGCUAUGCUCAAGACGUACUACUCUUACACGAGAAAGUCAAAGCAACAAACCGCAGUAUGGACCGGGACCUUGCUAGACGCCGAGAAGAGCAGAACGGUUGGGAAGACCUCACCGACUCAGCUUAUCAAUCCAUGGCUCUCCCGGCGUCUGCCAUGCGGUGGCGCGGGCCCAUGGUGUCGGACACGCCUUCGCUCGCAAAAUCAAGUCGUGAAUUGGCCUCCGGUUUUGAGCAAGGGAUAGCAUUUGCUACGCCCAUCAUUGAAAGCAAUCAAUACCGGAAACGCGUAGGCCGUGGCGGUCGAUUCAUUCUUGAUCGCAUCAUUGCUCCCAAUCAACGCCCGGCUCGGACGUCAACUGGUCCCUUGGCUAGUACCAGCACUUCACACCUGCUGCCUCAAGACGAAGACACAGCGCGCCAGCGUCGGCUAGCUGAGCGGUGGAGAUUUGACGACGACCUACGCAAUGAGUUUCCGUCUUUGGACGAUCCACCUCUUAUUGAUGAUUACAGUCUCCAGUAUGUCUCGAAACGGCGGAACCUACUCGAUUCCGAGGAUGUCGACUGUUUACAAUCGCACGCUGAUAUCUAUCUCUCGCGAGUCUCUGAGUAUCUCAACCGAGAACCUGAUCCGGACCCUCCUGUGGUCAAGAUAGGUAAACUUCCUGAGAAGCCGGUCGCCAAUAUAUUGAAUAUGGGCUUCGCUCGUGCGCAGUACCCGCUCGCUCCUUCAACUUUACAAGAACAAAUGAUGGCAGUCCAGGCGGCUGUACACGCGCAGGGGAAUAAUGCUGUACAUGGAAAGCGAGUGGCCUCGGGGCCUGCUCCUCUUAACGGCAACCUGGGUAUUCAGAUGACUCCACGUGGGCGACGCAACCCAUCUGGUCCUGUUGGUCCCGUCAACGGAUCAUCAUCGAACCCCGCAAACAAUUCCAACCUAUCUCAGUCACACUUGCAGAGCUCAGGGUCUGUAGGAUGGCCGAAUGGUACUGCUCCCCUGAACGCCGGCACGCCGGGCACGAACUCGAAUUCGCCAGGGGUGAACGGAAACGGUCCCACUGGACAAGCAGGCUGUCAGAUCCCUGUGCCAUAUUCAGGCAUGUCUCCUUUACCCGGGGGCUUAGCGAGGUCGAUUCCGAUACCCGCAAACGGUUCGCCUGCGGCUCGAAUGAUGAACGGCAUCAACGCAUCUGCAAACUUGUCUAAUGGAAUGAUGUCGAUCAGCCAAUCCAACUCUACAAAUCCUCAGUUGCGUCUCAAUGGCAGCCCUUCGGGAUCACGAAUUUCCGCUGCCUCGCCACCGCCGCAGGCCUCAAUCUCCAGGCAUCCGAGCCCCAGUUUACUUCAUAUGAAAUCACCAGGGGCAAGGCAACAAGUGAAAAGACCGCCUUCUGCUCUAGGUGUACACCAACAGUCGCCUCCACCCAAUCAGCCUUCCGCCCAUCCCAUGCCCUCUACAUCACCUUCACCUUCUCCGAUCCCCACUCGAAUCAACUCUUCAUCUCAUCCUACAACACAGCGUAUCUAUGGCUCUCCACCUUCGAAUCAUCAACUUGCCAAUCACAUCAAUCCGAUCCCUUCACCAAACCAGCAUUGUAAAUCCGGUGGAACAAACCAUCAUCAGAUGCUUACUCCGGGUUCACAUGUCUUUGCUACUACUUAUGCGACACAUCAGCCAGCUGUUCAGACGGCAACACCCAACUCGGGAACGACUACGACUGGGGUUUAAUGAUAUGAAAGUAAGACUAAGUGUAGGAUCAUCGUGCUGUGAUCGUUUCCCCACCUUAGUGGCAUGUAUUUUGAUGUUUCAUGAUUGAAUAGAAGAGUCUUUGGAUGCAAUCCAUGAACGAACCCCCAUUCAGAUGAACCUUGAGUGGCUUGUGUUGGUAAAAAGCAUAUAAAAGAUUAGUAAGCUUAUGACAGCUUGCAUGCGAUUUAAUUACUUGAUAGUGAUUUGAGAACAUGAUUGAGUUUAAUGGAUAUAAUGGACUUGGUCCGAGUGUGUGUACAUAUAUAUGAUUUCCUGUUAAAAAAAGUUGAUGUUUUGUUUUGGUGGUGCUUGAAUGUUCACAACCGUCACUGAGCUGUGCAAAAGAUUUGCCAAGGCUGAUCGUGCAAUAUGAUAAUUGAGUCCUGUUGGUACAGUGCACUGUUCCUUC